GGGAUGUCUCGCAAGGCACUUGUUCUGGAUGGGCUUUGGUAUUGCCUAUGCCCAUCUUUUACCUCCAGGCCAUUAAAUUGCGCCAGAACACCUCUCUUGAGGGGGAAACGCAACAAUUACUUCCCCGGAAUUCUCGCCGGCUCGAUCUCCGCAUCCCCGCGAAGAUGCCUCAGCAGCAAUUCCGCCAACGCUUUUCACGGUAGCCGCUCCAUACACGAACAGAAUUUACGAGGAAGUCGCGGAUAUGUGUCACCAGAGGAAGAUCGGAACCCCCAUGUUUCCAAUGCGGACGAAACUCUCGAACACGAUGCCGGCACGUUCCCAGGGACAGAAAGCUCGUCUACGAGUCCACAACGCAAACGUCCACCGGGGGUGCCCAAGACGCUGGCGGACAGACCGACGUCAUACUUAGAAAACAGACUUCAGGAUAUAACGGCGACGAACCCCAACAUCGUCAGUACGACGCAGAUACUACGGAUUCUCAUUCGAGACCGCCAUGUACGACCCGACGCGCGACACUACCGGGCAUUGAUCCUGGCCAAUUCGGACGCGGAACGAGGUUCGCCAGAGGUGGUUCGCCAGUUGCUGGAGGAGAUGGAAGAGAAUGGGAUCCCGGCGGAUUCGGGCACGCUUCAUGCGGCGGUACAGUCUCUUGCUGUCCAUCCCGACUACAUCUUUCGUCAUGAGAUCCUCCGCACCCUCCGAGACCGAUGGUUGCCUUUGAGUCCUGCGGGGUGGCAUUACGUGGCUGCUGGGCUCGUGCGGGAACACCAAUUUGAGUUGGCGUUGGACCAUAUCGAAAACAUGGAGAGAAGAGAUAUAUCAGUAGAGGGCUGGCUUUACAACAUGCUUAUCUACUACCUCUGUGAAUUUGGGGAGUUUGACGAGAUCGUUCGGCUUAUGCGACUGCGUGUAAACCAGGGGCAUACUAUCUCAAAGGAUCUGUGGCGGCACGUGUUGGAUGCCGCCAGUGCCGCUUCUCACCACGAAACCACUCAUUACAUAUGGCGACAGAUGGUGGAGCUGGGAUACCUGCGUCCGUCAUAUGGCGUCUGCCAAAAUGUCCUCACGGUGGCAUCCCGCACGGGUGACACGGAGCUCGCUUCGUCGGUGAUACGGCUUCUAGCCGAGAUCGAAAUGCCUCUGAGCUCAGAGGAUUAUGAAAAAGUUGCCGAAGCCCAUGUGGUGCAAGGCGACCUUUACUCCGGGUUCGAAGUCCUGUGCAGGAUGGCCGCGGCAGGCAUUGCCUUGCAACCAAGCUCCACGCACGCCAUUCUCACCUACAUGAUCCAGGAGAGGGUGCAACCGCGGGAUGCCUGGGCGAUUUUGAAACAACUGAAAUCAUCAGACUAUGCGAUCCCGCUAAAGUGCGCCCACGUCGUCCUGGAACUUUGCGAACACGAAGCUCUCCACGACUCUUCCUACCUCGAUGAAGGGGUUACACUUUACAAGGAGCUCUACGCGCUCUGUCCAGACAAGGCCGAUGUCAGUGUUUUCAACACACUGGUCGGCAUGUGCCGACGGGCGAAGAACACCGACGCAGGCAUGUUCAUAAUCAAGGAGAUGGCAUCGCUCCGAGUUGUGCCCAACACCACGACGUUUGAACACUUGAUCCUCAUGUGUCUGGACGCCGGCAAUUCCGAGUCCGCAUACAUGUAUUUCCAAGAUCUACUCGCGCGGGGUUCGGGUCUCAGCGAGGACGCGCGCAUCGAGAUCCGCGAGCAUUGUUCUCAGCUCGAUGGGGAAUACGCCCAGCAACUACGACAUCACCCCGAGAUCCGGGGCAGCCAGAGGGAAUACUCGGAAGAAUAUCCACCCUUCACGCAGAGAGGACCGUCUAAUUGGCCGCCAGAGUCUCCGGGGGAGUUUCAAAAACGUACACCAAGACCGGUGGAUAAGGAGGCGCGGCGCGCGGAAAGCAAGGAGCGCCGCAAGCGAAAGCGAAGACGCUUGGCUAUUGCCCGCGCUCAGGAUGAGGACGACUGGAUGGAUUAUAAACCCGGGGGGCUCGUUCCUGAUCCCAUCCCAGGGGAUGAGAAAAAACCAUCCGAGUGAUCUUUCCCAUUGUAGAUAACGGCAACAAGCCGAUGAGAGUAUCGCAGUAUACUACCAUCACAUCAUGUACAUUAGCUAGCAUUCUUGGAGCAUAUUGAUAAAAUGGUAAUGGGCGGAUAACAUGGAAGCAGAAUACGGCGCAGUUCAGAGAUGACAACCGAUAGUAUCUUCAAUUCCUCUCCAU